UCCUGGGGGAUCUGAGAGUGUCCCUGGGUGUCCCCAGGGGCUCAGGCUGUCCCCUGGGUGUCCCCAGAGCUGGAGCGCUCUCUGUCCCCAUUGUCACCUGUCCCUGUGCCAAGUGUCCCUCUGUCCCCUGUGUCCCCAGAGCUGGAGCAGUGUCUGUUGUCACCUGUCCUUGUCCCCAGAGCUGUAGCAGUGUCUGUCUCUGUUGUCACCUGUCCUUGUCCCCAGAGCUGGAGCAGUGUCUGUUGUCACCUGUCCUUGUCCCCAGAGCUGGAGCAGUGUCUGUCUCUGUUGUCACCUGUCCUUGUCCCCAGAGCUGGAGCAGUGUCUGUCUGUGUUGUCACCUGUCCUUGUCCCCAGAGCUGGAGCAGUGUCUGUCUCUGUUGUCACCUGUCCUUGUCCCCAGAGCUGGAGCAGUGUCUGUCUCUGUUGUCACCUGUCCUUGUCCCCAGAGCUGGAGCAGUGUCUGUCUCUGUUGUCACAUGUCCUUGUCCCCAGAGCUGGAGCAGUGUCUGUCCCCUCGCUCUGUCCCCUGUGUGUCCCCAGAGCUGGAGCUGUCCCUGUGCCCGUUGUCCCCAUUGUUGCCAGAGCUGAAGGAGUUCCUGUCCCUGCUGUCCCUGUCCUUGUCCCCAUUGUCACGGUGUCCCCAGAGCUGGAGAAGUCCCUCUGCGCCAUUUUCUCGCGCUUUGGGCAGAUUUUGGACGUUUUGGUGUGGCGCAGUCUCCGCGUGCGGGGCCAGGCCUUCGUCACCUCCAAGGAGAUGAGCAGUGGCACCAACGCCCUGCGCUCCAUGCAGGGCUUCCCCUUCUACGGCCAACCCGUGGUGAGACAGAGACUGGGGCAAUUCUGACAUUUGGGGAAAGAACUGGAAUUCUGGGGGAAAACCGCCAAACUCUGGCCUCAAAUAUCCCCAAAUCCAACUUGGAAUCCCUCCAAAUUCACCCUGAACAGCCCAAAGCUUCCCCUACUAUGACAAGCCCAUGGUGAGAGAGAAAUGCUGAGGGAAAACCCUGGAAUUCUGGGAAAAAACCCAAAAACCCCGAGGAAAAGAACCAAAUCCAACCAGGAACCCCCCAAAGCUUCCCCUUCUAUGACAAGCCCAUGGUGUGGAAAGCCCCGAAGCACAUCCUGUUCCUGCCCGAGCUCCCUGAGCAGCCCCAGGAGCGGAUGCUCUCCGUGCUCCUCAGCCAGUUCCCGGGUUCAGGAGCUGCGCUGCUGCCCGGGUGCCGCGACAUCGCCUUGCUGGGGUUGGACACCGAGGUGCAGGCGGGCGCCGCCCGCGAGGCCCUGCAGGGCUUCAGCAUCACCCAGAGCAACGCCAUGGAGAUCUUCUUCGCCAAAAAGUGACCCCCAAACACCCCAAACCCCACCAAAACACCCCCAAACCCAAAACAAACGGGCCUGAAAUACCCCAAAAUCCUGAAAAACUGCCUCACACCCGCCCCUAAAUACCCCAAAACUGCCCCAAACCACCCUGAAAUCCCUCCAAACCACCCCAAAAUCCCAUAGAAACACCCUGAAAUCCCUCCAAACCACCCCAAAAUCCCAUAGAAACACCCUGAAAUCCCUCCAAACCGCCCCAAAAUCCCAUAGAAACACCCUGAAAUCCCUCCAAACCACCCCAAAAUCCCAUAGAAACACCCUGAAAUCCCUCCAAACCGCCCCAAAAUCCCAUAGAAACACCCUGAAAUCCCUCCAAACCACCCCAAAAUCCCAUAGAAAUACCUGAAUUGCCAUAAAACUGCUCCCAAAUCCUAUAGAAACACUCAAAAAUCACUCAACACCACCCUGAAACACCCUAAAUCCCAUAAAACUGCACCCAAAUCCCAUAGAUCUGCCCCCAACUCCCAUAGAAAUUCUCCAAAAUCCCAGAAAACUGCCCCAAAAAUGGUCCUGACCCUUCCCCACGCACCACCACUCCCCCAGGUAAGUUCAGCUCAGCCCAAAUCCUCUCUUUUUAAACCUAAAUUUUCCUUUUUUAAUCUCAAAUCCUCCUUUUUAUCAACCCCAAAAUCUCUUCUCAUCCCUAAUGUCCUUUUUUUUCCCAUCCCAAAAUCUCCAUUUUCCACCCCAGUUCCACACCCCAAAUCCUUCCCUGUCCACCCUAAAUCCCCUUUUCCCACCCAGAAUCUUUCCCCAUCCUGAAUCCCCCAAUUCCCACCCCAAUCCCUCUUUUUUUCCCAGUGUUGGACCCAGGGUCUCUCUGCAGACAUCGCACCUGGAGCUGCUCCAAAUAAACCCAAAUAACCCCAAAUAAACCCAAAUAACCCCAAACAAACCCCAAAUAAAUCUUAAAUAACCCCAAACAAACCCAAAUAACCCCAAACAAACCCCAAAUAAACCCCAAAUAAUCCUCAACCCCAAACAAACCCCAAAUAGCCCCAAACAAACCCCAAAUAAACCUCAAAUAACCCCAAACAAACCCCAAAUAAUCCUCAAAUAACCCCAAACAAACCCAAAUAACCCCAAACAAACCCAAAUAACACCAAACAAACCCCAAAUAACCCCAAAUAAACCUCAAAUAACCCCAAACAAACCCCACUGUGCCCCCCAGGGCUGGAAUGGGUUUAGCGGUGGUUGGGGAUUGGGGGGGUUUGAUCCUAAAAUUUGGGAUUUGGGGGUUUGUGACCCCAGGAUUUGGGGUUUGGGAGUUUUGUCCCCAGGAUUUGGAGCUCAGGGGGUUUGACCCCCAAACUUUGGGAUCAGGGCGGUUGGAUGCCCCAGGUGUUUCAAACACCAGGAU